UGUGACGUCACAUUGUUUUUCCCUACUAAUUUAGUGAAUCACCUCCGAACCAAGUUCCUUGUUUUCAUCAAUUAACCGACUGCACAGGGCGAGGUUAGGAUGUUUUCCAGCGGCCCCAACUACAACAAGCUGAAGACCAAUCUUCGAUUGGCUCUGAACCGGCUGAAGUUGCUGGAGAAGAAGAAGGCGGAGCUGACGCAGAAGUCCAGGAAGGAGAUAGCCGACUACUUGGCCACGGGAAAAACGGAGCGGGCACGGAUUCGUGUGGAGCACAUAAUAAGGGAGGACUACCUGGUGGAGGCCAUGGAAAUGGUGGAGAUGUACUGUGACCUGUUGCUCGCCAGGUUUGGCCUCAUCACCCAGAUGAAGGAACUGGACACCGGGAUCGCCGAGCCCGUGGCCAGUCUGGUGUGGGUGUGUCCCCGCCUGCAGAGCGACAUAGCCGAACUAAAGGUCAUCUCGGACAUUUUUGUGACCAAGUACGGACCCCAGUUCGCCGAGCAGUCGCGAACGGCCACGGGAGAGCACUAUGUGUCCGAGAAGCUGAUGCACAAGCUCACGCUGCAGGCGCCUCCAAAGCUGCUGGUGGAGAAGUACCUCAUUGCCAUUGCCAAGAACUACAACAUCGAGUACGAGCCUGAUCCGCAGGUCAUGCAGGAGGAGCAGCCACAGCAGCCGCAUCUGAUUGACCUGUCCGAUAGGAACAACCUGAGCGGAAGCGGAGGUGCUGGUGGCCCGGCUCCGCCGCAAAUGGGCUUCAUUGGCUAUCCAGCAGUGCCCCCACUGCCCAAUAUGCCGGAGCCACCAACCGUCAAGCCCUUCAACUACCCACCCUUCGGUGGACCUGGUGGCGGAGGAGGAGGUGGUGCUCCAGCCGGUGCAUACGCUGCUCCACAUCCCGUGCAGCCUCCGCCGCCGUUCGCCUACAACAUACCGCCCAAUCAGCCGGCACCGCCCGCAGUUCUGCCUGCCAAAUGCGCAGAGGAGAAGGAUCUGAACACCAACUUCAUCAAUCGUGAAUCAAACAAUACGGAUGGCUCGGGCAGCCCGGAUGAGAAUAUUUUGCGCCCCAAACCCGAAAAUGAUCCGCCGCCGCGUUACACCUCCAUUAAUCCCGUAAAUCUCCAGAAUGCCAACAAACCCAAACCCCAACCCCGAUCCAAGCUGCCGCCAGGCAAUCCGACGUUGCCAAGUGCCCCGCCGGCGUUGGAUUUCCCAUCGCUGCCCAACGUGCCCAACGAUCUGCCAGAUGUUCCGGGCGCAGGUGCCGAAAAGAAGGACGACGAGGAGGAGAUUGACUUUGACGACCUGUCACGGCGGUUUGAGAACCUCAAGAAGCGGAAAUAAAGCUGGGCAGCAGAUCACCUUUUAAUACUACAGUAUAUUUGUUAUAAUCUCGGUCCAGUUCUAUAAUAAUAAUCAUAUAUGUAUUUAAAAAACUUUGUUCAUUUCUCUUAU